UUCAAAAAAAACAAUACCUACGUACGAAGUCCAAAAGUGCGCGUGAAAAAAAAAUCAAAAUCUCUCGCUGGAGGCGCGCGCGAACCGACAGAGGAAUUUCCUCGGCAGCCGGAACGCGUGAACUUCCUCUCCUCUGCAUCUUAGAAUUCUUCCAUCAAUUUUCCACCCAAAUUCUAGUAUAGAGUUACGCCCCUCCCCGUCGGGGGGGCGGGGCCGCGCUGGCCGCUCCGCCAAUAGGAACGUCCCGCAGGUCGGUUUCGCUCGAAGGUGGUCGCGCGCGUCUCCAUAGCAACGCGGCGACAGCGGCCGAGCGUCCGCGGCGCGCGGGGACGAGAGCCGGCGCUUUCCAACGCGGCUGCGGAGCUUGGCCAGAUGUGAAGCGGGAGUGCGCCGAGCACGCCAGAGCUGGCCAAAACAGCUGGAGGAAGAGAGAGAGAGAGAGAGAUUUGGGACGCUCAAAACUGAAAGCGAAGCAGAAACUAGAGCAAGAUGGGAUUUGGCCGGCCGCUUGUGUUUCUGCUGACUCGAACGUGACUUCAGAAAUCUUGAAGGGACUUUCUAAGCGCACGUGUGGCUGCAGCGGAGCGGCGAAGGAGCCACCAUAAUGCUCCACUGACCCUCUGAUCGGACCAUGGAGGACGCGGUGACCUCUGAAGAUGCUGAACCCCUGCCUGCCACCUCCCGAAAUGUCAGCAUCCACCUCAGGGAGCCCGAGGAUGAGUGUCCUUCGAGCACAAGCCCGGAGCCCAGCAGCCCGUCCUCGUCUGCUAAUCAGCAAACUCAAGGCUCUGCUGUAUCAGCGCUGCAGACCAAGGUCAAGGCUCUCUCCGAGCGCAGAGUCGCCUGGAAAGAACCUGGAAGUAAGAACCAGGACAGUCGAGUGGUUCCCGGGACCUUCAUGCUGGGAUACGCCCUCACGGACGCUUGGGGCUCCAGCAGCAGCGACGAGGACGGGGAACCUCGCAAGCCCCUGAUGUUCACCGCUGGAAACCCCAAGCCUCAGGCGGAACCCGAGUACGAUCCCGUCUCUUCCCAAACUUUGCUGGCAAUUCCACGCGGCCUCGGAGAAGGAGCGAGCCUGGAGAACCUCUCAAACGACGCUUGCGGCGGUCGACGCGAUGCUCCCACGUCGGAUAAACCGUGGAUGCCUCCCAAGUGUUUCUGGAGGUCCAUCAGAGCGGAGAUGCCGGUCCUGAACGGGAGCGUUCCUGUGGGGAAAGACGGAGGAACCGCGGGACACAAAAUGGGCCACAGGUUUCCAAGGGAACUGCAAAGGUCUGACAGCCUGGAGAGUCACCUACGCAGGUACAGUCACGGCGAGGCGGGACAGUCUGCACUCUGGCGGGCCGACAGCCUGGAGAGCAUGUGCAGCAGUGGAAGCUCGCUGUCCCUGGCCGAGAGGGUGGAGAUGAACCGAGGUCUUCUCAAACAGAUGCUGCAGAAAGCCCAGAACAAAGAGCAUGUGCUAAGGAUAGAGGAGCCGGCACACAUUGGUGGUAGAGGUCCCUGUGGCCUAAAUGAUAGUGAUUGGGAUUCUGGGAUUUCGCUCCAAGGUAGUGAACACAGCCAAAGGGCCUUUGUGUUGGGCGACGACCUUCCGCUGAGCCCUCGCCACGAGCAGGCCAAACGACUGCUGGAGAGAGCGCGUAUGAAGGCCCGGUCCAACCCUCUCAAAGCCGACCACACCAUCCUACCCGUCCAGAGGGACAACCCGGAGCUGUUGUCCUGGGUUGGUGUACCCUUACACCAGGCUCCUCUUGCGGGGAAGGAGGGCGUGGCGGUAAUCUCCGGAAACCUCAGCGACUCCUCUAGUGGCGACUCAGCAGGUGGGACCCGCCGGAGACACGGACAGUCCCCAACCCGCGUGCGUUUUGAAGAUGAAUCAGAAAAGGACGCUGAGGUGCGCUACCUGGAGCGGCUACGCCAGCGGCGCAGGGCUGGAGAAAGAGCACAGGGGCUACUGGUGUCCAAACCCACCUUGUCGUCUUACAUCAACGGACAAGCAGAGACAGGACAUGGCUCGCAUGAUUCAAUAUUCUGGAAGCCGAAAGCCAAGAAGAGCUUGCUGAACGGCAAAGGUCCGGAAUCAGCAAACAGGCAGUGCAACUCUUGUGGGACCUUUCUAAAUGAACCCCACGGUCCAAGCUUGAACUCAAACACUCUGUCUUUACCUAAUGGGGAAGCCGAAGGGAAGAAGAUACCGUGUUGGGUUGCUCCCACCCUUCCCAACAGGCUCAUCCGGAUCGAACAGAUUAAAGAGACGUACAUUGGGACGAGUCCUGCUAUCGUCCACAGUGAUGGGACGCACUGCAGUCCUGUGGAUACCGUGAGCGGUAGGGGAACUUUCCAGAAGCUAAAGAAGAAGGUCCGGAAACAAGAGAGCAAGCAGGAACCCUUGUACGUCAAUGGUCUGAGGGCUCCAACACCUCCGGAUUGCAACAGCGGAACUCAAAUAUGUCUCUCGAAUGGACUAGCAUUGCCACUCAACCCCUACGCCACGGAUCCACUUGGACAGAGAAUCCCAGUCGCUGGCGGCUCUAUAUCCAGCAAGGGACCUGUAGCACCUCCAUUGCCCCCCAAAGGAGAACCAUCCGGCUCCCACCUUCCUCAGCCAACCCCUCCACCUCUCCAACCCAAAAAAUCAGCCCUGAAAUCCAGCUCAAAGAACCGCUCGAACGGUCAGCGGAGCGUCACACUCAUGUCUUCGCCGGAGUACCACCUGGACUCCAUAGAGGCAGGGGGAGCUGUGGAGAGCUGCCUUCAGGAACAGGCUUCCUCUGGACUGGGUUAUUGGGAAGACAAAUCUACAAUGGUCACCUCUGGACCCAUACUAAGGACGAGCCCAGUUCCCGGUGCUCGAAACUCACCCAUACAAGGGGAAGAAAGGCUAACAGAUGUGGAACAGAGUGCAGGAUCUGAUGCAACAUCCAGCAGUGCUGAAUCAACUCAGGCUCGUCUCAGUGACGGACACGUCAGAGGGCCAAUCAGACCAGUGCAUCACAGAGCCACGAGCCCAAACCUCGCACAAGCGGGGACGGAUGCAGAACAGCGGGAGGGUCGACCCAAACUCUCCCUGCGGCGGUUCUUCUCCGCCAUGGGGCUGAACAGCAUGGGGCUGCUGGGAAAAGGACGCUCCAGCAGCAUGGAUCAGCUCAGCCUGCAUCCUAAACCAAACUCAAACCUGAACCUAAACCCUCGGCCGACUUCACCCUCCACCUCCCCCAGUCCCACACACAGACAUCAGCACCAGCUGAAGAAAGCCCCCUCGCUGCAGACUAUACGGCUGGGGUCUCCAUUUCUCCAGCUGAGAAGAUCUUCAUCGGCUCAAAACCUGCAAAUCCCCAGAAAGAAAACAGACCGUUCCUCUGCAUACACUCCAGGAGAACAGCCCUGCAGUCCACUAUUAACCAGGGAUCUUCAGCGUGCCUUGAGCGUAGAGGAUGUGGGGCGGCCCAGCGCGGUGCGUCCGGUGGGACGCGUGGCCCAGGCCUUCCCUGACGGCACCAUCCUGCUGGAGCUCUCCAGACCCCCCAACGGCCCGUUCGGCUUUCUCAUCUCACGAGGCAAAGGCCGGCCGGACUCAGGGGUGUACGUUGAAGAAAUGGGAGACAGCAACAUGGAGAAGCUCUACGCGGGACUGCUCGGGGUCGGGGACGAGAUCUUGGAGGUGAACGGCGAGAAGGUGGCAGGACUCAGUCUGGACCUGGUGACCCGUUUAAUGACUCAAAACAGGACUGCUUCGAUCCGCGUGCUACGACACAGACGCCUGCAGCGCUAGCUGAAAACAAGAGCAAAAAAACAGUGUGUUGCGGUCAACGUGAGCGAUAACGUCAGAAACGUCAGGGACGGGUUCGUGUAACCGGCAGUAUUGGAGUUUUAUCGCUACUAUAAAGGGACAGUUACCCAGACAUGAAGUGUUUUCUGUACAAGGCCUGUUCACACCAAAAAAACAAAAACAGCAAUGACAAAAUAUAAAAAAUGCACAACUAUAAUGGUAACGACACAGAAGGGCAAAACUAAAGAACGACAAAAACACUGGCAGCCAAUCAGAAUCCAUCCUGCUCUGAAUAGUCUGAGAAUAACUUUUAAUAAUAAACCGCAUGUUACUGCACACUGCAGCGGAUGCUAAUAUAGCUUGGCCCUUACAACCUUUGGAGUUUAGCACAGAAAUAUACACGGCAAGGUUAACGUGUUAAAGUGCUGUUGUUUGUUUUUAUCUGACAAUGACCGGCCGUGCGGCGUCACGCGGCUUUAAGGGAAUGAAAACAUCCUGUACAAUUUCAAAAGUGCAUUGCCUGUGAAGUUAUUAUCUCUCUCUCUCUCAAAAAAAAGAGUUGACUCUGAAUCACUGAAAUGAGUCGUUUUUAAAACGAGUCCCAAGCCGUUAAAUGUUGACGUCAGCAUGAAGCAUUAGCAUAUUGUCCGCCCGCUCAUUGGCCCGUCGUGCUAGUUUGAAUGAAAAUGCUAUUUCGUGCUUUGGAAUGGCAAAAGCUCACAAACACUGCUUUAAAUGAAUCGACCAAUCACUGGAGGGGCAUAGAAAAAUGAAAUAUAAAGCCCCCUUAUAUAACAUACUUGACAUAAUCCCACAGCAGAUCUAUAGAUCUAUACAGGUGGAGCUGGUGGAGGUGGAGGCUAACACUAGCCCAGUAUUUGAAUGUUGAGCAGCGAGCUCAUUGGCUGCUGAUAUGCGAGAAACCAAUCGGCUGCCACGUGAGUAAUCAUGUGAUCACAUCACAUUAAAUCAAAACCCAUCAACCUGGGCCAUGUGGAGUUUCGCGGCAGAACUUUACGUUUAUUUUUACGUUGUUUCGGUGUGAACGGGCCUUAGUUUAAAAGCGGUACCUUAUAAAAACACCCUACCGAAGGCGUGGUCACGUGGUCUGUUUGGAGAGCUCGCGCGACAGACGAGUGAAGUCCACGUGGGAGCUUUUUUUUUUGCCCUUCGUGCGAAAUUGACGCAAACGUGACAACGCGUUAAGUUACAUGCCUCGGCUAUUUCUCCUCCUCGCCAGAAUGCUAUAUCCGUGGUACAAUGUUAUAUUGUAUAAGGACAAAAAGUGAAAUUUAAGUGUUCCCGCGAUGACGGAAGGUCUAAACGUGUUUGCCAAAAACAACACCAGCGUUUAUCUAUAUCCUGAGCGUGUCGUUUCAUCCACAUCCUCCGCUGCUUGCGGUUCAGAUACGGCAUCGAUCUCGCGCGCGGUCCAAAGAGGCUCAAAUACUCUCGCGCAGUGACGGCUUAGUGCACGCGCUGCAGUCGCAUCGAUCAGCUCCAAAGGCUCUUUAGUAAAUUGAUGGGAUAUUUGUCCAUGAUCCCCAGCGCUGUCCUGAAGGAUAUCAGUAUUUCGGUACGUGCGACGCAAAAAGCUACCAACCUAAUGUAUUUUCUUACAUUUAUUUAUACGUGUUCCUAUGAAAUAAAACAACUGGCUUUUAAAAGGUGCGGCUUGUUUUGUUUUAUUCCCCCUUCGUGUAUUUUUUUUUACUUAUUUUAGUGUAAGCAGGAAUACGGCCGGAAUUACUAAAGUCAAUGGUGACUGAGAGGGAGCGUGAGGUUGAGCGAAUCAUGACAGAAUUGUAUUUUUUUUGGUGUACUGUCUCUUUAAGGAAAACGCUUUUAAAUGCAAAAACGUGCUCUGCGCCUUACGACCGUGAGUCGAUUGAAACUAAACGUUUCUUGCGCCAUACUGCAUUGAUUUUCCAUUGGGCUCGUGUUUUUUUUUUUUAACCAAGUUUAAUUUUAAGAAACGACUCUCAAUGCCUUCCAUAUUUUUCCCACUUCACUUCUCCUGUUUCACGUUUUACAUCAAUCUUUGUGAAUGGCCCCUGAGAGUGCAGAAUUUGGGCUUUUCGAUGGGCUCUUGGUGAGGCCCGUGUGCUGGUCACUAAUCUCGCCUGUCCUCCACCUAUUGAUUAGAGAAUGAUUGAUUCUGUCCUGGUCACACUGAAAACACACACACACACACA